AUGGUGGCGGCUGUCCUGCUGGGGCUCGGCUGGCUCUGCUCGCCGCUGGGCGCCCUGGUCCUGGACUUCAACGGCGUCAGGGGCUCUGCCGCCCUGCAGGGGGCUCGGAAGGGUCCACAGUGCCUGUCUGACAAAGACUGCAGCACUGGAAAAUUCUGCCUCAGACCCCAGGAUGAGAAGCCAUUCUGCGCCACGUGUCGCGGGGUACGGAGGAGGUGCCAGCGCAACGCCGUGUGCUGCCCGGGGACGCUCUGCGCGAACGAUGUCUGUACCAUGAUGGAAGGUGCAAGCCCCACGUUGGAACCACAGACCAAUGACCAAGACGGCACACACACGAAAGGAACAACUGAUCACCCCAUUCAGGAAAACAAACCCAAGAGGAAGCCAAACAUUAAGAAAUCACAAGGAAGUAAGGGACAAGAGGGAGAAAGCUGUCUCAGAACUUCCGACUGUGGCCCUGGGCUUUGCUGUGCUCGUCAUUUUUGGACUAAAAUUUGUAAGCCAGUCCUCUUGGAGGGACAGGUCUGCUCCAGGAGAGGGCACAAAGACACUGCUCAGGCUCCGGAAAUCUUCCAGCGUUGCGACUGUGGCCCUGGACUGUCGUGUCGAAGCCAAGUGACGGGCAACAGACAACGUGCUCGGUUGAGAGUGUGCCGGAAAAUAUAA